CUCUCGGGGCCGACGCAGCCCGAAGACCCCGCCGGGAUCCGCCUGAGAAAGGAAUAUCAUGAAAAAGGAACAGAAAAAAGACGCCACUGCUGGUGAAAGGGGAGUUUUCUUUCCUAGUUGGUGGCUACUUCAGGAUUGAAGAGAAGUUCAUAAGUGGCUGAAGAGAUUAUGUUUUGUAUAUUUUUCACGUGAAGCUCAUCGGAGAAGAUCUGAAAAUGCUAUCUCUGUGUCAUAAUAGGCUGCUGAGUGAGUAAGCCUGAAGAAAGAUUUGAAGUGGUGUAGUAUCUUGAUUUUCUUUUAAGCCAAGUGCACCUUUGAACAUUUGGUGAGGCUGUUUUCUACCAAAAAUGGAAGAAAAUAUUCACAAAGCAAUGAAGUUAAGAAGUUGAAUAGCAGCUGAGUCUGCUUACUCUAAGAAUAUCAAUACUUUUGUAUUAUUGGGGAAGAUGCAUACAAAUGUACCAAUCAUGUGAGUUUAUCAGCAGUGAUGGUUUCCUGUGCUAGGAAUGACUUAAUUUGAAUUUUGGAGUGUUUUUCUUCCUCUUUUUUAUAAUGUGUGUUUUGACUCUUCAUAUUUGAUAGACUUAUAAAAAGGAAGUAAACACUGCAUACGGAGUUUUUUUUUUAUUGUACCACUAUUUCCUGUGUGUUACAGAAAAAUUAGAGGUUUUAAUAUCGUUGAAGUUUUGUUGUAAGGAAGACUGUGCCAGGGACGCAGAUAGGCAGUACAAGUUUCGUUUCUUUUGUCAGCUACACUGCCUUUGCACUGAGCCGACUGUCAGCUGUGUUUUACAAUAUAUAAGAUUUACAGCCUUUGUUUUAUCAAGACCUUUCAUGUAUAUUUUGUACCAACCUGUUGGGAAACACACUGAGCACCAUGUUUGACAUAUUUGCUUAAGGACCGGAACUCCCCAAUGGAUCAUGGCGUUAAUGUUUAUAGGACAUUUCCUAUUUUUAGCUUUAGUGAUGUUUGGUUUCUGUACACUUGAGGAGUCUGUGAGCAAUUAUUCUGAAUGGGCAGUUUUCACAGAUAAUGUAGAUCAGUUUAAGACACAGAAAGUGGAAGAUAUCAAGCCCAACGAAAAGCUGAAGAAAAGUAUCCUUCAUCCGAGUUUAUAUUUUGAUGCUGGAGAAGUCCAAUCAUUGAGACAAAAGUCUCACACAAGCCAUUUGCAUCUUUUCAGAGCUAUCAGAAAUGCAGUGACUGUUAUGCUGUCCAACCCAACGUACUACCUACCUCCACGCAAGCAUGCUGAUUUUGCUGCCAAGUGGAAUGAAAUUUAUGGUAAUAAUCUGCCUCCUUUAGCAUUGUACUGUUUGUUAUGCCCAGAAGACAAAGUUGCCUUUGAAUUUGUGUUGGAAUAUAUGGACAGGAUGGUGGCUUACAAAGACUGGCUAGUUGAGAAUGCACCAGGGGAUGAGGUUCCAAUCGGUCAUUCCUUAACAGGUUUUGCCACUGCCUUUGACUUUUUAUAUAACUUAUUAGAUAAUCAUCGAAGACGAAAGUAUCUGGAAAAAAUAUGGGUUAUUACUGAGGAAAUGUAUGAGUAUUCUAAGAUCCGCUCAUGGGGCAAACAACUUCUCCAUAACCAUCAAGCUACUAAUAUGAUAGCAUUACUGACAGGAGCCUUGGUGACUGGAGUAGAUAAAGAUUCUAAAGCAAACAUAUGGAAGCAAGUUGUGGUAGAUGUGAUGGAAAAGACGAUGUUUCUAUUGAAUCAUGUUGUUGAUGGUUCUUUGGAUGAGGGUGUGGCCUAUGGAAGCUAUACUGCUAAAUCGGUCACACAAUAUGUUUUUCUGGCUCAGCGCCAUUUUAAUAUCAAUAACUUGGAUAAUAACUGGUUGAAAAUGCACUUUUGGUUUUAUUAUGCCACUCUUUUACCAGGCUUCCAAAGAACUGUGGGUAUAGCAGAUUCCAAUUAUAAUUGGUUUUAUGGUCCAGAGAGCCAGCUCGUUUUCUUGGAUAAGUUCAUUUUAAAGAACGGAGCUGGAAAUUGGUUAGCUCAGCAAAUUAGGAAGCACCGACCGAAAGAUGGACCAAUGGUUCCUUCCACUGCCCAAAGAUGGAGUACUCUUCAUACUGAAUACAUCUGGUAUGAUCCUCAACUUACCCCACAACCACCUGCAGAAUAUGGUACUGCAAAAAUGCAUACAUUCCCUAAUUGGGGUGUUGUCACCUAUGGAGCUGGGUUACCAAACACCCAAGCUAAUACCUUUGUGUCUUUUAAAUCUGGGAAGCUAGGGGGUCGAGCUGUGUAUGACAUAGUUCACUUUCAGCCUUAUUCCUGGAUUGAUGGGUGGAGAAGCUUUAACCCAGGACAUGAGCAUCCAGAUCAGAACUCAUUUACUUUUGCUCCCAAUGGUCAGGUGUUUGUUUCUGAAGCUCUCUAUGGACCCAAGUUGAGCCACCUUAACAACGUAUUGGUGUUUGCACCAUCACCUUCAAGUCAGUGUAAUAAGCCCUGGGAAGGUCAACUGGGAGAAUGUGCACAAUGGCUCAAGUGGACUGGUGAGGAGGUUGGUGAUGCAGCUGGGGAAAUCAUUACUGCCUCUCAACAUGGGGAAAUGAUAUUUGUGAGUGGGGAAGCGGUGUCUGCUUAUUCUUCAGCAAUGAGACUGAAAAGUGUUUACCGUGCUUUACUUCUCUUAAAUUCUCAAACUCUUCUAGUUGUCGAUCACAUUGAGAGAGAAAAGGAUUCCCCAAUAAAUUCUGUCAGUGCCUUCUUUCAUAAUUUAGAUAUUGACUUUAAAUACAUCCCAUAUAAGUUUAUGAAUAGUUACAACGGUGCCAUGAUGGAUGUAUGGGAUGCACACUACAAAAUGUUUUGGUUUGAUCAUCAUGGCAGUAGCCCUGUGGCUAGUAUACAGGAAGCAGAGCAAGCUGCUGAAUUUAAGAAACGGUGGACUCAGUUUGUAAAUGUUACUUUUCAAAUGGAAUCUACAGUCACAAGAAUUGCUUAUAUAUUUUAUGGGCCGUACGUCAACGUCUCAGGCUGCAGAUUUAUUGAUAACUCCAAUUCUGGACUUCAGAUUUCUCUCAAUGUCAAUAAUACUGAACAUAUUGUUUCCAUUGUGACUGAAUACCAUAACCUAAAGGCCAGGUUCAAUUACUUGGGAUUUGGUGGCUUUGCCAAUGUGGCUGAUGAAGGCCAAAUAACCCGAUUUGGUCUGGGCACGCAAGCAAUAGUAAAGCCUGUAAGACAUGAGAGAGUUAUUUUCUCCUUUGGAUUUAAAUUUAAUAUAGCAGUUGGAUUUAUUUUGUGCAUUAGUUUGAUAAUUUUAACUUUACAAUGGCGGUUUUACCUUUCUUUUAGAAAGCUAAUGCGAUGGAUAUUAAUAUUUGUUAUUGCCUUGUGGUUUAUUGAGCUUCUGGAUGUGUGGAGCACUUGCACUCAACCAAUCUGUGCAAAAUGGACAAGAACAGAAGCUGAGGCAAGCAAGAAGGCUUUGUCUACUCAAGGAUACCACGUGGAUCUUCCUGAUGUUGUUAUUACCUCACUUCCUGGCUCAGGAGCUGAAAUUCUCAAACAGAUUUUUUUCAACAGUAGUGAAUUUCUUUAUAUCAGGGUUCCUACAGCCUACAUUGAUAUCCCUGAAACUGAAUUUGAAAUUGAUUCAUUUGUCGAUGCCUGUGAAUGGAAGGUGUCUGAUAUCCGCAGUGGACAUUUUCGAUUACUCCGAGGUUGGUUGCAAUCUUUAGUCCAGGACACAAAACUACAUUUGCAAAACAUUCAUCUACAUGAACCCAGUAGGGGUAAGCUAGCACAAUAUUUUGCAAUGAAUAAAGACAAGAAAAGAAAAUCCAAAAGGAAAGAGUCUUUGCCAGAACAAAGAAGUAGAAUGAAAGGCGCCUUUGACAGAGAUGCUGAAUAUAUUAGGGCUUUGAGGAGACACCUGAUGUAUUACCCAAGUGCACGUCCUGUUAUCAGUUUAAGCAGUGGGAGCUGGACUUUGAAACUUCAUUUUUUUCAAGAAGUUUUAGGUGCUUCAAUGAGGGCAUUGUAUGUGGUAAGAGACCCUCGGGCCUGGAUUUAUUCAAUGUUGUACAGUAGUAAACCUAGUUUGUACUCUUUAAAGAAUGUUCCAGAGCACUUGGCAAAAUUGUUUAAAGUAGAUGGGGAUAAAGGGAAAUGUAGCUUAAACUCAGGCUAUGCUUUUGAGUAUGAACCAUUGAGGAAAGAACUCUCUAAGUCGAAGUCAAAUGCAGUUUCCCUGUUGUCUCAUUUGUGGCUAGCAAACACUGCAGCAGCCUUGAGAAUAAACACAGAAUUGCUGCCUACCCGCUACCAACUGGUGAAGUUUGAAGAUAUUGUGCAUUUUCCUCAGAAAACCACUGAAAGGAUUUUUGCCUUCCUUGGGAUUCCUUUGUCUCCUGCUAGUUUAAACCAAAUAUUGUUUGCCACCUCCACAAACCUUUUUUACCUCCCCUAUGAAGGAGAAAUAUCACCAACUAAUACUAACAUUUGGAAACAAAACUUGCCUAGAGAUGAAAUUAAACUAAUUGAAAGCAUCUGCUGGACACUGAUGGAUCGUCUAGGAUAUCCAAAGUUCAUGGAAUGAAUGCUGCGGGUCAGCAGAAAUUUGCACUAAAGCUUUCCAGCCCAUUUUGUGGAUAUGAGUUAGAAGAGAUGGUUUAUUCUUGUAGUCUGUGUGUGUGUGUGCGUGCGUGUGU